UCACACAGCUCAACUCCACCAGAGGCUUCAACGGGGAUUGGCAGCUGCAGCAGGAUGAAGCUUUCCAUUGGCUUUAUUUUCUGCUUCCUGAUCCUGGGCGUCAACAGCCAAGGAUGGGGAUCAUUCAUCAAGCAAGCUGCUCAAGGGAGUAAGGACAUGUGGAGAGCCUACUCUGACAUGAAAGAAGCCAAUUUCAAAAAUUCCGACAAGUACUUUCAUGCUCGGGGGAACUAUGACGCUGCCCGAAGGGGCCCUGGGGGCGCCUGGGCUGCCAGAGUGAUCAGUAAUGCCCGAGAGAAAAUUCAGGGACUCACCGGCCGUGGAGCAGAGGACACAGAGGCUGACCAGUUUGCCAACCGCUGGGGCCGCAGUGGCAAAGACCCCAAUCACUUCAGACCCAAGGGUUUGCCCAGCAAAUACUGAGCUUCCACCUCCCACUGUCUUCAGGAGACCCCUCUGUUGGCAGGGAUACUUGUAGAAUUUGAAUUCUGUAUCCGUGGCAUUGGUAGAGAACAUAUACGAUUGUUAAAUAAAUGUUUGUGAAAUCAGA